CACACACACACACACACACAGAUAUGAAGGUGGAGUAACAAAGAAAACAGAGCCCAAUCGCUGCUUUUCCAGUUUCUUGCUGAUAUAUGAUUACUGUUCUUUAGUGUUAAUUUUCAAGGUGCAAGAGAAUUUGCUGAGACCAGUAUAAUAAUCUUAAUUUAGGGUUCUUGUAUAUUGAUUUCUUGCCAUGGGGAUUUGUUUCAGUGGUAGAAUCAAAUCUCAAACCCCACCUCCCACUGGUUUAAAUUCACAAUAUGCUAGCUCAAAUGGGAAUGAAAACAGCUAUGUUAUAAGUAGCAAGGUCUCAUCGACUCUUCGAACCGAGGGUGAAAUCUUGCAGUCAUCUAAUUUGAAAGACUUCACCUUUUCCGAUCUGAAAAACGCCACCCGGAAUUUCCGACCCGACAGCGUGCUCGGCGGUGGCGGAUUCGGAUCCGUAUUUAAAGGAUGGGUCGACGAGAAUUCGUUCAUUGCCGCAAAACCAGGCACGGGCAUGAUUGUUGCUGUCAAGAAACUCCAUCAAGAAAGCUUUCAAGGCCAUCGGGAAUGGUUGGCGGAAGUGAACUAUUUGGGGCAGUUUUCGCAUCCGAAUCUUGUGAAACUUAUCGGCUACUGCUUGGAGGAUGAUUAUAGGCUCUUGGUGUACGAAUUUAUGCCUCGCGGUAGCUUAGAGAACCAUUUAUUUCGAAGGGGUUCGUAUUUCCAGCCGCUUUCUUGGGGUCUUCGUCUUAAGGUAGCUCUCGGAGCUGCAAAGGGGCUUGCGUUUCUUCAUAGCGAUGAAUCCGGGGUCAUUUAUCGAGACUUCAAAACUUCCAACAUUUUACUCGACUCGAACUACAAUGCAAAAUUGUCUGAUUUUGGAUUGGCUAAAGAUGGGCCCACGGGUGAUAAAAGCCACGUUUCGACGAGGGUCAUGGGUACCCACGGAUACGCAGCUCCGGAGUAUCUAGCUACUGGCCAUUUGACGACAAAGAGCGACGUGUAUAGCUAUGGAGUUGUGCUCCUAGAAUUGAUGUCCGGCAGAAGAGCAAUAGACAAGAACAGACCAACGGGCGAGCACAAGCUCGUUGACUGGUCAAAGCCCUACUUAGCCAACAAACGAAAAGUCUAUCGAGUUAUGGACAAUCGACUCGAAGGCCAAUACACAAUAGACGUGGCUCAAAAAGUUGCUGCACUUGCUCUGAAAUGCAUAUCGUUAGAGCCUAGGCUAAGGCCGAAAAUGGAGGAAGUAGUUAAGGAAAUCGAGCAACUUCAAGAUUUUAGUAAUUUGGACAGCAAUCGAAGCGGGUCCCACAAUGGAUCUAGGCAACGUAGACGAAGUGUUGGCGAUUCGGGCAAUAAAAUCGCGAAUGCCGGUGCUUAUCUAAGGCCUUAUGCUUCUUCUCCUACACCUUAUUCCACAAAGAUCUAAUAUGUGAUCUUUUCCUUUUCUUUUUUAUUUCUUAAUCACUAUUAAUUAAGUAUAUAUAGAUGUUCAUACUUCACAAUCAUCUUUCUUGUAACAAAUUUAAAUUUAAGAAUGUAAGAUGAUGAUUCCCACAUGAUCAAUUGUAGCUUUCUUGGGUUGUUUUUCCUUUUCUUUUUUUAUUCUUUUUAAAGAAAAGUUGUCUUAAUUUGAUAGCUCAUGUGACCCUUUUUUGAAGCAAAGUGGUAUAUAUUUUUUAAGCAG